GUGCUUCUUUGGUGUUUGAGGGGAAACACAGACUACAAGGAUUGCUACUGUUUGGAACAAGGCUGUGAUGCAUUUGAGCCUGGUUGGCUUAAAUGCAGACCUGGAAGUGAAAGUGGUUUAAGUCACAAGAAACAGAAGGCGAAGGCUAAAGACAAGAGUGGAAAUGAAACACAUGGAUGAGUCUCCAAGCGCUCUAUAGAGGUGUGAAUGGGCCUACAGGAGCUUUAUCAUCAGUUGGAUCAGAUUAGGCAGUGCUGCGGUAGGUCAAACUAAACUCGCUAGCUCCCACUUUCUAAUGAGGCCACGGCGAUGCUGACAUCCCCUCUGAAUCCAAAGACAACAUCAUGCUGAAGACGGAGCCCUCGGGGGAGAGGACCAGCCUCCGGAGUGCCUCCCCUCACCGCAAUGCCUACCGGGCCGAGUUUCAGGCCCUCAAGAAGGCCUUUGACCAACCUCGGAUCGAUGGAGACUCCAGGCCCAAAGAUCUGGAACGGGUCAAACAACCAAGGGGCCGCCAGUAUGGCUCCCAUGUCAGCCGCAUUAAGGACAUGUUCAUGCAGAUGGGCACCGAAAACACUAAGACCAAGGUUUGUGAAGAUUCCUCGCCGCAGAAACUCGUCAAGCCCACCAACUUCGUCAACAAGGCUGAUGGAUCAAUAAUAAAACUUCAGCAUUCCGCAUCGUCUGACAGGGUCGGAGGUGCCGGAGCGAAAUUCUCUGAAACCAGGAAACUGUUCGAGCAGCAGUCACGUGACCAGUCCCAAUCACCAGUCUUUCCAUUAGGACGAGAUAAACGAGGUUCCCAUGAGCACCUUGAUGACUGGCGAGGUACAAGGUCUAAUCGAGGCAGUACGGACUCCUUGGACUCCCUCUGCUCCAGAACAGAGGCGUCCUCACCAACUGUUAGUCAACUCAGCGCUGUUUUUGAAAACGUCGACCACCACAAUCAAGGAAUUAACCACAAGGGAGUCAGCAGAAGGGCCCUCUACUCACCAGACGGUUUCCAAAGACCCGGAGGCGACCUCAGUGAGGAUGAUUCUCGACAGUCUCCAGUUCGUGGAAGCUAUCGUACAAAGUUAGGGGGAAAGUUUCCAACAUCUUCUUCUGCUGAAGACCUUCUGAGCCCCAGUCCAGGAAGAGAAACUUCUGAGCUGAAACCAGUGUCAAAAGAGGAAGAAGCCCAAGACAAAACAAACAAGGUCAAUACUACAGUUGGAGAUAGACAGCGACUCCCUGGGGUCACCACCAAUGGAAGUCAGGUCAAUGGUUCUUAUGAAGAAGACGAGAAGCCGUCAGAAACAAGAAAACAUGCUGGGGAUGUAGGGGUGUCCAAACCUUCCAAACCUCUAGAUGAAGCUGUGAUUACCAACAAAGCUUUUGAAGAUGCAACCCCUGAGCCACUGCCGACCCCGACUACCCCAGCCGGGGAAAGCCAGGAUGAUCGUUUAAGAGAAGACAAGACGUCUGGAUCUCCCAAGGACGAGGCAGAGGAACCUGACGAGGAUUACACUGGCAAUGAGCGGGUGAUUUUUAACGCAGACGGGGACGCCUGUUACCAGGGUUGGGGGGAAAGCUGCACAGAUCCCGAGGAUGACCUCUACGGAGACGAUGAAGAUAUUGUCUAUGACCCUGGCUGUGACCUGACGGAGAUCCCAGGUCUACCACAAGAAAACCAAGAGGACAUCCCUCCUAAAAGGAAGAUCCGCUUCAGCACUUGUCCCAUCACAGUGUUCAACACCUACUCCAAUGAGGACUACGACCGGCGAAAUGAAGAGGUGGAUCCAGUUGCCUCCUCCGCAGAGUACGAGCUGGAGAAGAGGGUGGAGAAACUGGAGCUGUUCCCUGUGGAGCUGGAGAAAGAUGAGGACGGUCUGGGGAUCAGCAUCAUCGGGAUGGGUGUCGGUGCGGAUGCUGGACUGGAGAAACUGGGAAUCUUCGUCAAGACUGUCAUCGAGGGAGGAGCUGCAGAGAGGGACAGCAGGAUCAAGGUGAACGACCAGAUCGUGGAGGUGGAUGGGACCAGUUUGGUGGGCGUCACACAGAGCUUUGCUGCCUCCGUUCUCAGAAACACCUCAGGAGUGGUCAGGUUUGUGAUUGGCCGCGAGCGUCCGGGCCAGCAGAGCGAGGUGGCCACACUCAUCCAGCAGACCCUGGAACAGGAGAGGAGACAGAGAGAGCUGCUAGAGCAACAGUACGACUAUGACGCUGACGAUGACGAGCAGACUGGAGAGUACGCCACAGAUGAAGAGGACGGGGGGACAACAGUGGCUGGCGGGGACAAGAGCAUCGAGGUGUUUGAUUUGCCAGAGUCAGAGGACAUCUUGUCUCCCUCGGAGUUGGAUGCCAAUAAACUCUACCAGAAAUUCAGAGAGCUCCAGAUCAAACACACAGUGACCGAGGCCGAGAUCCAGAAGCUCAAAAACAAGCUGGCUUCGGUGGAGAGGGAGAAGCAGCGCUGGGAGAAGGAAAAGAGUCAGCUGAAGGCCAGCAUCGAGGAGAACAAGGAGAGGAUGCUGAAGCUGGAGAGCUACUGGAUCGAAGCGCAGACCCUCUGCCACACGGUCAACGAACACCUGAAGGAAGCCCAGGCACAGUACCAGACUCUGGAGAAGAAGUACAACAAAGCCAAGAAACUUAUCAAAGACUUCCAGCAGAAAGAGGUGGAGUUUAUCCAGAAGGAGGAUACAGAGAGGAGGCGGCUGGAGGAGUCUGAGAAAGCUCACCUGGCUGAGAUCCAGGGCCUGCAAAUACGGAUUGCAACGUUGGAGUCGGAGCUAAUGCAGCUGAUGAAGCAGAACGGCAUCCAGGUCAACAACAACAACAGCAACAGCGCCGAGAGGCUCAGCGCUCAGCAGAACAGCCCUAAAAGAGCUGCAGUGCAAGCUAGAGACCUGAGGGAGGAUUUGACCCACUCACCCAGCAAGAAGAAGAGCUUCAGAGGAGUCACCCGAGACAGCAUGAGCUCCACAGAGGGAGAGGUCUCAGAGUGGCACAGCAGUCCAGUCCACAGUCGUUCUGGUUCGAUUCGCAGCGCAGCCCCUGGCAGUGCCGAAAGCUCCCCCAGAAAAUCAAUGAAUCCCCCGUUUGGCACAGGAGGUUUCCAGGACGGUUCUCAGUCUCCAGCGAAGUCCAACCCCUCUCGCAGUCUGGAGGAACGCAACCAGGCUCUGGACCCCGGGUCCCCCCUCAGGAAAACCACAUUGAAGGAAAAAGAUCCAAGAGCCUCACCUGGAAACAGCUCCACAGAGCCAUCAGCAGAGGACAGUCCACAGAAACUCAAAGCAAAGAACUCUCUUACAUGGCCCCACUUCUUCUCCUAUUCAUAUUAUUUGGGGCCAUCUCUGAACGAUGACCUGAGUGCCAGCAGCAGCAGCUCAGUGGAGAUCAGCGGGCUGAGCGAAGCCAAGAUGUCGGGACGCUCACACACACUGGUGCUCUCCUCAGACGAGAGCCUGGAUAUGAUAGAUGAUGAGAUUUUAGACGAGGGACAGCUUCCAAAGCAGAAUCAAAACCGCAGCGUCACAGAGUGGACCUCCCAGCAAGUGGCCCGCUGGCUCACAGGCCUCAACUUAGAACAUCAUAUCCCAGAAUUCACUGCCAAAAACGUAGACGGAGAACAGCUUCUGCAACUGGAGAGCGAUGAACUCAAGGCCCUCGGAGUAACAUCUUCCCAGGACCGUGCCCUGAUCAAGAAAAAGAUAAAAGACCUUAAAGUUCUGAUGGACAAGGCCAAGAGGAACCGAGAGAAACUGGAGAAACAACGCGAGAAGCUACGGAAGAGAGAGCUGGAGCAGCAGCAGAAAGACAAUGUUACAGAGUGAUAUGAUUUGUAAGAUCACCUCCUGCUUUGACGUAGCACCCCCACCACGUAGCAUCUGGAGGAACAGAACUUUUAGGAGGCCUCAAAAUGAACCCUGAGGAAUGCCUUCCUGAGAAGUUCAAAAGUUCUCAGUGGUGGAGCUACAUCCAGCUGUCUGAGAUUGUCGGGUGACUUUAUCCCCAAGUAAAUUAAACCAAAACAAGCAGCUGGAUAAUGAAUGCUGCCCUAUUCGUCUGCCUGGUUUGACACCCAUCCUGUGGUUUUCGCCAUCACAGAAUUUACUCAGUUCUAUAUGUUUAGCUGUAAAUUUGGUUUAUUUAUUCAUAUCCUGAGUAAGUCUGUUAAAAGUCUCCCUUAUCCUCAUCCAAUACCAUCUUCUGAGCCUUCAAUAUUAUCCAUCACAGCACCUUUAGCUAUAACAACCAUGUACGUGUACAGUGAUGAAUACAGAUACAAAAAUGUCUGAUGUGCCAUUUUGAUAGACUUUUUUUGAGUGGAGAGAUACAUACUGUAGGAAGCAGUACCUCUCUUCCACCACUGGGUGUCCCCAUGCUGCUUACUUUAACAACUGAAGAAGAAACACAGGAACCGAAGUGGGAAACAUUUUUCAUUGGGAGAAACUCCAUCUCUCAGUGCUGACAAGAACACUGGAAGUGCAAACACUGUAAAUGUAAACUCUGUACUAGCUUUUUCCAAUUCUCCUUACAGUAAACAUGUACCACAAAGUUUGAAUGAACACAGGGACACACUGUUCUCAUCAGACUGGUUCUAAUGGAGAAUUCAGGUACAAUGUAAUGAUGGGAUUUGUAAUUUACCAAACCUGUAUGACAAAAAAAGUGUUAAAAUGAAAGCUUCUCCUUAUAUGCAUAAUGUUGCUUUUACUCGGCUUGUGACCUGCUUUUGACCUCUUUUUAUAUUCUAACUCAAUAACAAAGUAAUACCCCGCCGCUGCCUUUAGAAAUUCUAGACUUGUAGAAUUUUUCUGAACUCUACCCGCUUCUGUGAGAGUGUCCAAACACAUUUAGUAGACUAAAAAUAUGUUCCAAUUAUUUCCUCAAACUUAUAGGUCAAUGUCACCUUGCAAAAUACUUCGAUCAUAUUUGCUGCCAUAUAGAUCGGUCUUUUCUGUGAUCAAGGACUGAUGCAGUGAGUCCAGGACUACUGAUGUUACACUGGAAAUAUAGUUUAAUUUUUUCUUAUGAAACCAGUUCAAUAAUACUUAAACCAUUUUUGAUUUUCUUUGUUGAUAUAAUUCUUUGAAAUUAUUUUGAUAUAUGUAUUUAAUGAAAUUCUUGUUUUAAGGCUGAGGCUCACUGAGAGACAUGCGCCCUGUGUCACUUCUUUAUCAUUCCCGAGAAUCCUCGUGUAGGUUUACAUCAAAGCUCCUGUGAGGAACAUUCAGUUUGUGUCCAUUUUGCACCCCCCCCCCCCCCAUACUAUGGACAAAGCAGACUUUCCUGAUUUUUGUUUUGUACAUGUGUGAGGAGUGUUUUUUUUUUUCUUCAACAAAAAUCUCAGCCUGCUUUCUUUUAACUGUCAAAACAUCAAUAUUUGAGAAUCUUUGCUGUGAAAUAUGUAAAGAAAAAAAAAAAGUCAACCAUGUACAGGUCAUCACUUCGACUAACUCCUACCCCACGACACAGGUUUCAGGUAUUCAAAAAAUGACAGAAAUUGUUUAUCUUAAUUCUAAUUGUCUAGUUUGAUUUUGUAGGUCAUAUAGAAGCUUCAGUAUUAAUUUAAAUCUGUUUCAUAUCCAAGUAAAAACUCCUCACAGGAGCUUUAAAUAUAGAGACACCAGUGUCACCGUGAUUUAGAAACAAAGGCAGCUUUGUUAGGAUUCCCUUUCCUCUGAAGGGCCCCUGCCUGGUGCACGAUCAGAAACAGGAAUAAUAGUACGAGUUACAGAUACCUCCAUGAAAUGCCACAGUUAUACAGGUACCACUGAUCUGUUCAUGUUAUUUAUUUAUUUCUGUAUUUAAUGAAGAAACUGACUACUGUUUAUGAUAACUUAUACAAAAUAAGAGUAUUAUUAACACCUAGAUGAUUUAUCCAGAAUUGUAUGAUGACUUCCUCUUGCCAAAAUAUAAUGAAAACUGUUCAUUAAAGGUGAUUUAGAUUCAAAUGGUUAUCAAAUGAAGUACUUCAUGUUUAGAUAUGCAACGUGUGAAGAAAGCAUUACAACUCUCCCCAUUGUGCUUGUAGUUUGAAUUAAAUACAACCAUAGAGCUGCUCCAGUGCUCCUCCAAUAAUCUGCUCAUGAUGUGUUCUUAUGAAAUAUUUUGUAACACUUGAACCUUCCUGUGAAUAUCCUCCUCUCUCCCCCCCUCUCUCUUUCUCUCUCUCCUUGUUGUGUCAGACUGCUGACUGCGCUCUUUCAACUCUUUUGUAUUUCAAGUAAAACACAGAGCAAUACGCUGUAAGAAUCCUAAAGAAGCCUUGUUUUAUAUUGUGUCAGUGUGUAUGCACAGUUUGUAUGAGGGCUGAGGAGGCUUAAAGGUCACACCUGAGGCCCAAAAUCUUUUCUAUGAGCUUGCCUGGCAUGAUGAAACCCAUCUAUGGAUGAGACACCUGGUGCUGGUGCACCUGGCUGGCGGGAAUACAAAAUGUCUGAGUAGUGUCUGGGCCUGUUUGACAAAGAGCAAAAAAAAAGAUAAUCACCACAAACUGUUAGCCAUGCUUUCACUGUUUUAAAAAGCUCUGCUUAUUCCCCUCCUCCUCCUCCUUUGUUGACAUUACCUUGCUCUUUUUUUUUCGCAUUCUGAAAAGUUGGAAAGUGCAGCUACCUGUCACUCUGAAUAAAAUGUGCAGCCACUGUC